UAUAUAUCGCUACUGCUCAGCUUAUGACUGCAAAAAUUAAGUCAAAAUCUUUCGGGUGAGGUGAAAUAAUUGUGCGAAGGUGGAGCUCCCUACACACACGUCUACUCCAUACCGAGCCCGAGGGAUAAAGUGCCCCUCUGUGUGGAAUGAGCUAACAGUGGGCUACCAUGAAGUGUGCCCCAGAAGCUCAAGUGUUUCUCUGUAGCCAGAGAGCUAGCAGGAAGUGCAGCUCGGGUGCCUCUCCACUCGUCUCAUCAAUGCAGCUUUCAUUCUCCCUCGGUGGGGCAAGAUGGAAGCUGUACAAAAGGACCACUGGUACUUCGUGGUACUCAUCUUUCUUCCUUUUCUUAAAGUUGCUGUCCAGGAGAUGGAGGCUGCCACAGUCCGUCUGGAGGAAGGGAUGAUCCUCGACUGCUUGUGCCCCUGGGACGGCAACCUCAGCAUGGUGUCCUGGACCAAAGUACCAGACAAGGAUCCGGUAGCUGUUUUCCAUCCAGAGUACGGAGUGGCCUUUUCUCACCAUUACCGCGAGAGGAUAGAGUUCCUGAGGACCACACCUAUGGAUGGAAGUAUUUCCAUGAGGAACGUCACUCACCAGGAUAUCGGGGUUUACCACUGCUCUGUGCAGACCUUCCCACAGGGCCCCUGGACAAGGAACAUUCAGGUGGAAGAUUUAGACGAGCCCCCAGAAGAAGACAACAGCGCAGAGGCCCCCACUCCAGAGGUAAUCAAGACGGACACAGAGCUGUCGGCGGAGCAGGACAACAACCUCACCAUCAGCUGUAACCACGAGCACAAUGGCACCGUCUACCAGGUCAUUUUGGAGAAGAUGCCGCACGGCCAGCCCUGGGGCAUCAUCGGAGUGUGUAAGAAGGUGGAAGGGGGCCUGGUGGGCGAGGACUACAGCGACAGGGGCAGGGUGAGCUGCGCCGACAGCCUGGAUGUCAGUCUGCACCUGACAGGUGUGGUGCCGGAAGACGGUGGUUUCUAUCGCUGUACCUUCAGCACAGAUGCAGGGGUGCAGACCACCACUGUGCUGCUUACUGUGCCCCCUCCAGGUGGAAUCAGCUUGUCUCUGUACAUGAUGUAUAUUUACAUCGGGGCUGGAGCUGCUGCACUUAUUCUGCUCAUUGUCAUUAUCAUAGUAGUCAUGAAGCACAGGAAGAAGAGCAGGAGAGAGGAGUACAGAGUCAAACUGCACCCAUCUCAGAGACAGCCAAACCUCUAUGAGAACAUCUCUGUGUGUCCCAGGAUGGCAAAGAAGUCCAGGCAGAUAAAAAAUUGCCCGGUCUAUGCCAACCUACAGACUGUACGAUCACACAAAACCAAACGCCAGCGUCAUGAUAAAUGAGCAUAUGAAAAUGUGACGUACUGCAUAAUGUCAGUGGGGAUUUUUUUUGUUUUGUUUUGUUUUUUUACAGACAAAGCAGAUGCAUGUACGGUGGUGUCAGAGAGUAUUCAGGCCGCCUACAAUCUGCAUCCAUAAUGACAAAGUGAAAUCAUGUUUUUAGAAACUUUUGUAAAUUAUUAAAGAACAAAAACUGAGAUCUCUUAUUUAAAUAAGUAUUCAGACCCUUAAUUCAGUACUUUGUGGAAGUCUCUAUGAGCUUUGCACACCUCAAUUUGGGAAGUGUAUCCCAUUCUUCCUGGCAGCUCCUCUUAAGGUUCAUGAGAUUGGAUGGACAGCAUGAGUGAACUGCCUUCUUCAGGUUUCUCCACAGAUGUUCUAUGGGGUUUAUUGGCUGGGCCGCUCAAGGACAGUCGCAGACUUGUCCCAAUGCUUGGGGUCAUUGUCAUGCUGAAAGGUGAACCGUCGCCUUAGCUGCGCUCUGAAGCAGGGUUUCUUCAAGGACCUCUCUGUAUUUGGAUGCAUUUAUCCUUCCCCCGAUUUUACGAUGUUACCACCACCAUGCUUGAUCAUAGGGAUGGUAUUAGCCAGGUGAUGAGCAGUGUCUGGAGUUCGCCAGACAAAGUGCUUGGAGUUCUGCCCAGAGAGUUUAAUUUGUGUCUCACCACACCAGAGAAUCAUUUCCUCAUGCUCUCAGAGUCCUUUAAAUGAUGUUUGGCAAACUCCAAGCAACGUCAUAUGCCUUUGACUCAAGACUGGCCUCCAUCUGGCCUGAUAGAUGACACUGAGAUGGUCUUCCUUCCAACACGUUCUUCCAUUUCUGCAGAAAUUACGCCCAAAGCUCUCUAAUACCACUUCUCCAUCAAAUCAGCUCUAGGUCUUGAACUGGUUAUGUCAGGGUUCCUGGAACCUUUUUGUUAGCUACAGAACCAGCCCCGUUUCCACCAGUUUUGAGUGAAGCCAUUAUAAUUCUGGAUGCGUCAUCAGUGGAGGACGUUGCACAAUGCACAGGGAAAGUCAACAGUAGUAGCAAGACAGUGGAUCACAUUGAUUACAUGCAAGCUUUUGCUCUGCUGGACCAACUACUGAUGAUAAGAAGACAAUUUCUAACUUGACUUCUCCAUUGUUACCAUCUCCAUCUUCUCUGUCCAACCUGUAGAAUGUGACACGCCCCCUGAUUUUGUCAAAGUUUGCUCUUCAGGUCAAGGAGAACCUGCUAUUUUUUGGCUUCAGCUGGGAACCAACUUCUCAGGUUCCAAACUAGUUUAUUUUUCAGUAAAAAUGCUCUCAACGUUUCAUAAUAAGGUGUGCAAACUGGAAUGGAGCCCAUCUCCUGUUGAUGGAAAUGGGGUAUUGGAGUAACUGUUGGGCUCAUGGUCAUAUCCGUGACCAAAGCUCAUCUUGGGCUCCUCAGUUUGGCCAGCUGAUCAGCUCUAGGAGUCCCAGUGCUUCCAAACAUCUUCCAUUUUACAGUUAACCUUUUGCUAAGCCCCGCCCCUUUAAGAUGGUAUGACAAGCUGCCGGAGCAAGCAAACCAGCCUGAAAUGAAGGAAAUCUGAAACGAUUGCAUUAGAGUCAAUGGAGCACAGCUGUGUUGCUGAGCUGGCCCGGUGCUACGUUAUGAUUGGCCAGUCUGUGUCCAAGGGCGGGACUUAGCGAUGCGUCAAUUAUUGAGGCUGCUGUGCUCCUGAGAACACUUGGAGCUUUAGAAAUGGUUUUGAUACUCUUGCCCUGAUUGAUGCCUCGCCACAGUUGUAUCGUGGAGGUCAACAGAGAGUUCCUUGGACUUCAUGGCUUGCUUUUUGUCCUGGCAUGUAGUGUAAAUUAUGAGACCUUAUAUACAGAGGUGUGUUCUUUUCUAAACCACAUGAUGUGUGUCCAAUCAAUUCAAUUUGCCACAGGUGGACUACAGUCAAGUUCUAGACACAUCUGAAGCAUAAUUAAAGCAAACAAGAUGCACCUGACCCCAAUUUGGAGUGCUGCUGCAAACGAUCUGAAUGUAAAUAAGAGAUUGCAGUGUUUGAUUUUUAAUUAAUUAGUAAAAAUUGUUUAAAAAAAAAAAACAUGCUUUCACGCUGUCAUUAUGCCUUUUUUUGGGAGUUGAUAUGUGGUCAAAUAUGGUAAUUUUAUCCAUUUAAAAUGACAUUACAACAUGAUAAGGUGUGUAAAAAAUUAAGGCGUCUGAAUAUUUUCUGAAGCUGCUGUUUGUAUAUAUGAGCAAAAAUAAGCAUAUAUUGACAAGCACUGAUUAUAAUUAUUUGAUUUUUUCUUUCAAAUAAGAUGCAGGGAUCACACUGACACUGAUUAAUAUUCACACUGUGAAAUGAGUUAACAAGCCAGUGCUCAUGUAAGUCUCACAGAGCUGACGGGUUUGUUUGUGUCCAACCCUGCUCCCAAUAAUUAAAUGUAGUAUGUACUUCAUAAUUACUGUUGAGGAAAUAUUUGUUUUUGGGCAAAACAAUAUUUGACAGUAACCGUCAUGCUGAAAGAGCAGACAAAAGCCUGUAUAAUCAUUCUUUUCACUUCCCUAACCCCCGAGUAAAACGAUUGACAAAAGCCUGUGUAAUUGCUCUCCUUUUACUUUCAUCCCUCCUGGUUUCCAUUCAAAGCUUGACAAUGGUGUCUAAUCAUCUAACGGAAGAGAAAAGCAGUCACUCAGCACUGUACCAUCACUUGAGACUGUUGCUUUCCCCAAAGGGCUCUCUGUCUGGGAUGGCUGCAUUCUAGUUACAGUGCGCUCUUAUUAUGAAAGCUAAACUCUAAUUAGAUAAUCCUGUGCUUCUGUUUAUAGCUCCUUACACUUUAUCAUUCCACUGUUUAUUGAUGAAUGUGUUUGUUCUUUUUUUUCCCUGCGUUUUACGUAAUUAAAAACACAAAGUCAUUUUUUUAUAAGCUGUCACAAGUUUUCCAAGUUGUAUUUAUUAUUUUUUUUUAUGAUUUCUAAGAUUGCCUGCUUGCUAUAUGCAUCUGUGAGUCAAUAUUUAAGUUUUAUGGUCGUACCCUGAAGCGGUGUGUUGUUUAUGUUUAAUGUGAUUCAUUUAUCUCCAUAGAAAU